AUGCCUGAUAACAGUACGAAAUUUAAUCCCAAUCUAAAUGUGGAUAUACCCAAAUGGGUCACUGAGAAUUAUUUCUAUCCAAUUCUAAAAAAUGAUUUACCAAAUUUUGUGAAAAUUUUGAAUUUUACCACCAUACCAGCCACACCGCCCGGAGAAAAUUACACCUCGCUUAUGAUGAGAAUUAAAAUGGAUAUUGAAAUGGAAGAUGGCUUCACUCAACAAAAAUCGUAUAUUAUGAAAACAAUGUUAGACGAUAAAAAGGGUGGAACCUUUAUCAACACCCUGAAUCUAUUUCCCAAAGAACGAUUAAUGUACGAAGCGAUAUUACCACAACUGGAGGCACUCUAUGAGGAAUGUGGCAGUAAGGUGAAAUUUUCACCAAAAUGUCAUUGGAUUGAAGAUAAAUCGGGAAGGAUAACAUUGGUUCUUGAAGAUCUCUUAACGAAAAAAUUCAAAAAUGUAAAUCGCCUAAAGGGAUUCGAUAUGCAGCAUAUGAAAAGGGUCUUAGAAAAAUUGGCUGAAUUUCAUGCGGCCUCUGUGGUGCUGAGAGAACGUCACGGGCCAUUUCCUAAGGAAUUUAAAAAUACGUAUUUACCGGCAAAUUACCAAAAAUCGAAAUCAUAUCAGUCCCGCGUACAAUGUUAUAAGGCAGCCAUGGCCACCUGGGGUCUAGAAGAUUAUGAAAAGUACACUAAAAUGAUUCCUGAUGCCGAUCAAUAUGUCAACGCCACAAUGCAGUGUUUCAACAACAGUCACCCCGAGGAAUUUAAAGUCCUCAAUCAUGGCGACUUUUGGUCCAGCAAUAUAAUGUUAAAUUACACAUCGAAAAAUGGCCACAACGAUAUCAACCAAAUCCGCUUUGUCGAUUUCCAAAUGUGUAAAUGGGGCAGUCCGGCCAUGGAUUUAUGGGAACUGAUCAUUUGUUCGGUGGAAAGUAAUUUGCGUAUACGCAAUUUUGAUUUAUUUUUAAGAUUAUAUCACAGUCAUUUGUUGAAGUGUCUGAAAUUCUUGAAAUACGAGAAGCCCAUGCCGCUGCUGAGUGAUUUACACAUCAGUAUGCUGAGAUAUGGAUUUUGGGGUUAUUUUACCACCUUUACACAUUUGGUAUUGAUAUUACUGCCAUCGGAUAAAGAAGCCAGUUUGCUGAGAUUAAUGCAACCGGGCGAAGAAGGUGAUAAAUUUCGCAUGAAGGCUUUCACGAAUCCACUGUAUGUGAGAGCGGUAUUGGAUAUUUUACCAUUUUUAUAUAGACGGGGUAUUUUAGAAUUUCAAUAA